AUGGAUUUUCUGAAGUGACAGGAUAUUGGGUGUGAAUCCCAGGCUCAAUUCUAUUUAAAUGAAAGAAAAAUGUGCAUUUGCUCUGACGAUAGAGAUUCUAAAUACUCCGACCAAGAAGCGACCCCUUUAGCUAGUUCUAAUUCAGUUAUAAAGUUUCUUAAAACUAUCAACCAAUGUAUAAAUGAACUUGGAAGGUUACCAAGGAUCCAAGGAGAUGCUACUUUAGAGAAAGAAUUUGAAGAAUUCAGCAAUGAUAUCAAGAAUCAAAUUAAUUACAUCUUUCAAAAACUCAGCGAUGCUUCUGAAAAUAAGGAAUACUACUUGUACAAUAUUUGCCUCAAAGAAGCACAGGAUAUCAAAGCUCUAUUGCUAAACCAUAAUUUAUUCUUCAAAGUCAUUUCAGAAAAUAUCUGGGAAAAUGCGUUCGAUUUCGUGAAUAAGCAGAAUAAUUCAGUGUUUGAAUUAAUUGAAGUAAAGAGUAAAGACUAUCUUCUCAAGAUUGUGAGGGAUCAUGAGACCAAGUUGAAAGAAGCCAAGACUGAGGUUGCCCAUAAAGAGGUUACCCUUCAAGAAAAUAAUACAACUAUAGAAGAUCUAAAUAGAAAAUGUAAAGAAUACAAAGAGUCUCAGCAAAAUUAUGAGCAGACUCUACAGUAUUUAAAUGAAGCAAAAAGGAAAUGGAUAAAGUAUGAGAGCAAAUCCAAGAAUUUAUGGUAUCUCACUAUAUUUUUAAUGCUGAUGAUUAUCGGAAUGUUCCUUUGGUCAAAUAAUCGUUUGUCGUUAAUCCAAGAACAUAGCAAGAGUUUAGAAGCUAGUUUCUUGAAGAGAGAAAUAUUCUUUGAAACUCAGUAUCAAGAGAAUAUUACAGCCUUAAACCAAACACAUUCAUCAAAUAUUGAGAGAAUGCAAGGAUCUCAUUUGAAAGAUAUCAGAGAUUUAAAGGAUGAAAAUCAAAUAAAGAUUAAGGCAUUAAACAGUCAAAUUAAAAAUCUUGAAAUGCAUAUAAAGUUAAAGGAUGACUUAAUCAAACAGCUAAAAUUAGCUAAGAGUAACACAAAACAAGAGGUUCUUGAAGUUAAGAAUGAACUUCAAUUGGUUAGUAACAGAUUAUAUGAAGCAAUUGCAACGUAUUCUAAAGAAGAAAUCAAUGUUCUUUCAAGAAAAAUCACUGGAGAAGAUAUAUACAAUGUAUCUUUUUCCAAAAUUGAAUUCAACUUUAAUAAUGAAAAACAUCUAGCACUUUUGGAAGCAAUUGAUAAAAAAUUUCCUGAUGCGAGUGUAAUAUAUAUUGAUAGCAUUCCUUUGAAUAAUAAAUAUGUUAAACUCUUUUUUGAGUUUUACUUUCCAAAAGAAGUCAGUUUUUUGCAUUUAAACUCACUUGCUAUUUCCAAAAGUCAACUUGAAUUUUAUAUGGAGGAACUUCGACUCAUUUCUCCGAGAAUAACUACAAGCAUCUUUCUUUAUAAGUUUGAAGUGGAUCAGCAAAACUUAAAGACUCUUCUCUCAAGGUACAUGCAUUUAAAUUGGUUUGAAUUUAACAACUGUGGCUUUAUCGUCCCUUCAGUUGUUGACUUUAAAGACACUCUUAUUGGAAGUAAACUACAGCAUAUAAGUUUAUCAAAUAUUCCCAAAAAGUUCUAUUUAUCAAAAGAUAGCAAGCCCUCCCACUUCGAAAAUCUACUUAGAGGUUUAUGGAAAUCUCAAGACUUCAAGAUGAAUUUUGAUGCAUUUUGGAUAAGACAUUCUGAACUAACUACAAAAGAACAAGAAGAAAUUUUACGAAAGCAUGGACUCACAGAUGUUAAAAUAUAUUUCUAA